AUGUCUACCACUCAGGAGGGUCCCUUUUCUGUCAAGAGAGAGGACUCUGAUAUCGGUAACGCGGGCAGCGAGAUCUCUCAAAAUGAACAAUCCACAAGCGUAGAUGUCAACCCCAAAGCUGAGAGCUCCUCGAUAGUCAAUGGCCGUUCCACAGAUGAACCGGUGGGUACUUCCGGUGCUAGGGAAGGUCUAAAUGGGGAGAAUGAACAGUCGGGUCAGGUACUGCCUGAACAGCCGGAUCUCAAGAUUAUUCGUCGCCAGAUCUCGGGCUUUGUCGGGUUUGCCAACCUACCUAAGCAAUGGCAUAGGAAGUCUAUCCGUCGGGGAUUCAAUUUUAACCUACUUUGUGUGAGUCAGAGGGGCUUGGGUAAAUCAACUUUAAUCAACACAUUGUUCAAUAGGAAUAUCGAGGCUUCAAGCGAGAUAGCUUCCAGUGAAAGAAGUGAUGAUGUCAAUGGGAAGAUGGACGGCUUGAAGCUCGAAGAUAGCCAGGAUGAGGAGACAGAAACCAACGGGGAGGAGGAUGUCACUUCCUCUGUUAAGAUCAAGUCUUACACUACCACGAUAGAGGAGAACGGAGUCAGUUUGAAACUGUGUGUGGUAGACACCCCUGGCUUUGGAGAUGCCAUUGACAACACUGGAUCAUGGAAACCGAUUGUCGAUGAGAUCAAUUACCGGUUUGACCAGUAUUUGGAUGCUGAAAAUAAGAUCAACAGGUCUCUAGAAAAUGAUAACAGAAUCCAUGCUUGUUUGUAUUUUAUUGAACCUACUGCACAUUAUUUGAAACCGCUGGACGUGGAAUUCUGUAAGAGAGUUCACGAGAAAUGUAAUCUGAUCCCAAUUAUUGCCAAAUCGGACAUACUGACAGAGGAGGAAAUCGCUGUUUUCAAGCAAAGGAUCAGGAAACAGCUGGAUGAGGCCAACGUCAAAUUCUUUCAACCCCCAACCUAUGCCAUGGACGAUGCAGAUACCGUGAGAGCCUCCAGCGCCUUGUUCGAAAAGAUUCCUUACGCCGUGGUAGGAUCAAACAGUUCAGUUACCGAUAAAGAGGGCAAAACAUUCAGAGGCCGUUCAUACCCAUGGGGUAUCAUCGAUGUGGACAACGCAAAACACUGCGAUUUCGUGUAUUUACGCGACCUGUUGAUAAGUCAGUACCUGGAAGAAUUGCGUGAAAGAACAAACAAUGUCCUUUACGAAAAUUACAGAUCUGAAAAAUUAAUAAGGUUGGGCAUCAAGCAGGACAAUUCCGUUUUCAAGGAAUUUGAUCCGGAGUCAAAGCAAAAAGAGGAAAAACAGCUACACGAAGCUAAAUUAGCCAAGUUGGAAGCUGAGAUGAAGAGCGUGUUCCACCAAAAGGUUUCGGAAAAGGAGAAAAAGCUGCAGAAAUCUGAGGCUGAACUGUUCGCGAGACAUAAAGAAAUGAAGGAAAAGUUAAGCAAGCAACUAAGAGCCCUAGAAGAGAAAAAGCAUCAAUUAGAAGUCUCCAUAUCUAAUCAACCAGCGCAAUCUCCUGCUCAAACAAAGAAGAAGGGAUUUUUACGUUGA